AUGUCUACCAUCUCGGUCGCCCUCUUGCAGGUCGUCGUUGAGAGGCUUACAAUCGAUGAGACGCUAGCCUGGCAUGGUGGACGCCAUAGUCCUAAUCGAAGCCGAGUUGGGGAAGACCACCACGUCGUCAUGCAAGCACAGAUCCGCCUUGCCCAGUCAGUCAGUCGGUAUGCAUCGAGGGACCCGGACACGGCUCGCAGACGGCCCUGGCACUGUGUUCGACGCGCAAUCAGAUGGGCACUAAGUGAGGUAAAUAUCUGGACCGUAUUGUUUUACACCACCGACCAUAACAACAUGACAGAUAGCGUUGAAAACAAAACCGACGGGGUGGCCGAGACCAUGAACCCAUCUUCGCUCCGCAUCUGA